AUGGCCUCUAAAUUGGUUGAGGAGGUAACUGAGAACAUCAGAAAAACAGCAUACUACACGCAGACGCCAGGGACGGGAACCCGCCCUCGGCCCCAAGGCCCACGAAGCUCGGACCUUCGCCGGAAGCGAGUGCCGGAAGUGGGCGUGGUCAUGCCCCAGCUUUCUGGGACUUGUAGUUCCAAGACCUUAGGUAUCGGAUUCCACGUGGGAGGUGAGACGCUCAGGACCGGACAGCCAGCGCCGCGGACAGCGAGGCGUCCGGUGGAUGGGAUAUGGGAGUGCCUCGGGGGAGGCGUAGGGCCGCUGACACUCGGAAGCCUAGUUAGGUUGCUGUGGGAGGGCGCGCGACCUGGAGGAGGACUCUGUCCUUCCAGAGAGGAGGAAAUGACCAAAUUCCAGAUUUCUUGGAUUUAUUGUGAGAAACUUCUCUGCAUACUUGAUGUGAACAUCAUUAAGGAACUAGUAACAUUCAAGGAUGUCUCUGGGGGCUUCACUGAGGCAGAGUGGGGCUGCCAGGACCCCACUCAGAGGAAGCUGCACCGAGCUGUGAUGCUGGAGAACUACAGCCAGUUACCUACGGUCUCCGUAGGAGACUUGAAUGAAAAUUCUAUGGAGAGUCUUCAAGAGAAAGGACUUAGGGAUGGAUCUAUUAUAUAGGGGCUUUUCUGCUGGCUAAUU